AUGGAUUCCGUUCAGCUCAUCCUUCUCACGGCCGUCUUGGGGCUUGCACUUGUUUUAGUACUUUUUAGCUUCCAGGGAAAAAAAGCAGCCACCGGAAAAUCCCGGUCUCCCUAUUUUAAGCCCACCUUCUUAGUGGUUGGUGCCAAUGGAGCGGGAAAGACGUCACUUUUUUACAAAUUGCAAGAUGGUGCUGAGCAAUUGAGCACGGUUUCUUCGCUUGAGCCUAAUGUCGGCAAAAUAUCCAUUCCCUUUAGCAAUCCUGCGAUUCAAAAAGAGUACCAGUUCAUUGACUAUCCAGGUCAUUUGAAGUACUCGCAGCUCAUGAAGAAAUUGAUCACUGAAGACAUCACCGUGAAGAAUCUCAAGGGCGUCAUCUUUGUCAUUGACUCUUCGAGUCAAAGCCUUGCUCAGGAAGGUAGAGUGGCUACUAUUUGUAAGCUUUUGUACGACUUACUUAGCAUUACGGAAAAGGUACCCAUGGGGAUAGACUAUCUUUUCGCUAUUAACAAGCAAGACUUGUUCGACACGAAGCCCGUGUUUAAGGUCAAAAAUAUGAUUGAGGAGGAGAUCACGAAACUCGUUAAGGAAGAGCUUAGUGCCACGGGACAGGCCAGAGGAGGCUCUGGAAUUGAUAACGAUGAUGAUGAAAGGGAAGCCUUUUCGAAAGAGGAGUCCACAAGAGAGUUCUGGAAAGCACUCAUGGGCAGUUCUCCUGCGUUCAAAUUUGAACUUUUGGAAGGAAACAUGGAGUUUCUUGGCGGCUCAGCGUUGAAAAACAAGGUCCAGAACUGGCAGAAUUGGUUUGACGAGAAGGCCAUGAACUACGGCGGUAUGUAA